UUUUUCGCUUCUGGAUUGAUUGUGUUUUGAGCGUUCGACGUUCGGUCGUCUAGUCUCAUUUUGUUAUGUCAUAGUGAAUACCAAGGAAGUCAUCAGAUUUUCGAACGAUAAUAACGUUCGCUUAGUAACGUUAAAAACGUCGAGGGGAUGAGGAUUAGUGAUACCGCUCUCGUUAACACUAAUAAUCAAAAAAAAAAAGAAAAGAAAGAAAAAAAGGUCAAUUAUCAGUGAUUUAUUAUAUAUUUUUCAGCAACAUUUCACGAUUUGUUGAUGGGUAAUCGUCAUUUUGUGAUAUUUGAGAUAAAAAAUUGUUAAAUCAUUUACGGUUUGACGGACACACGUAGGUGGCGUAUUUAUAAAACAAGCCUUUUUAGAAAUAUACCGUAAAACCGUAAAACGUGUCAUGUAUAGGAAAGAGAGGAUCUGAUUUCUUGCAAUAAUCGUAGUACAUUGGCUUACACUGCCCGAAAAAACGUUGAACGUUGACACCCAGUGACGUUUUUCAGUUAAACGUGUCAAAUGACGUUAAAAUUUAUAUUCACAAAAAUAUAGUUUGGUGCUGUUGUUGGUUAAAAUCAGACGGACACACGGACGAUUAGGUUUCGAAGAUGUUUCUGAAUACCUUUGCGAAUUUGGUUUUGAUGGCGAUGAUGUUGCAAUUCCUCAUUGUAGAAACACAAUUGACCGCAGCAACACCAGAACAAGCUAAUAAUAUAGGUUCGGUGCAGUUAUCAACCGUAUGCUCCAAUACGGUGGAUUCAAAUAUGAAUUUGUUAUUCGACAAGACGUCUCGUUUGUAUCCAGAAUUGAACAUCUUUUUUUCAGCCGUACGAAACAAGGGAAAGAAGGAGUUAGACCGCAGCUGUACAAACUCGCGUGGUGAUUUCAUGGAAUACCAAACUGCUGAAGUAGGAAAUACUGAGAAGACGCUUGUAAUCAAUCACCAAAUGGUCAUCGAGAAAAUUAAACUCUAAGACAAGGAUCAGCAGAAAUGGAAGUGAAUUAUAAACAGAAUUAUGACAUUCUCUGUCUUCAUUGAUCAAGAGAAUAGAUGUAACGUUCUGUUGACUAUCGCCUUCAAAAUAAAGAUGUUAAAUCAAUUAUUCAAAUAUAUAUUUAGUUUAGAUGACAGCUACUUUAUCAUUACACUGCUGACCAAACCAAAAAAAUGUUUUUUUCCUCUUUUCUAUAUUUAUAUUGAAAACCAAUUUCUUAGUAAAGCACUUUGACAAGAACCAAACAGGAGAGUUGGUCAACAGACUCUCUACUGACACUACCAAGUCAUCAAGUGUAUCACUGCUUACCUUGCAGAUGGAAUAAAAUGAAUCAUU